AUGACCAACAACCUAAGUGUCAAGCCGUGGUUGCCUCAGACACCACCACCCGAGGUCAUUUUCUUUAAUGUGAAUCUGGUUGAUACUGAGUUAGGUGACGUGAUUCCUAACUCUAUUGUGAAGAUCAAGGAUGGUCUCAUCGUUGAUGUAACGACUGGAAGCGCAGAGUCUCACUCUCUGCUCAAUGGAACCAACGCAGUGGAUCUGGAGGGCCAAUACCUCUGCCCAGGACUUAUCGACUGCCAUGUUCAUCUGACGGCGACACCUGGGGCUCUUUUACUGAAGGAUUUGUUUGCAGCAAGUCCUAAUAGCAUUGCAUACCGUACGGCAUUUGUCGCGCGAGAGAUGCUGCUGCGUGGAUUUACUACAGCUCGCGAUACUGGUGGAGCGGACUCUUCCCUCCGCGAAGCUAUUCGAGAAGGCCUCAUCAUUGGUCCUCGGCUGUUUAUCGCUGGGAAAGCCCUGUCUCAAACAGGAGGCCAUGGAGACCUUCGGGCUAGCUACGAGGGAGAAGAGCACAAGUGCUGCGGGGGUCAUUCGCCCGCCUUCGCGCGUGUAUGUGACGGCGUUCCCGAAUGCCUCAGUGCGGUGCGAGAUGAGCUACGACAGGGCGCGAAUUUCAUCAAAAUCAUGUGCGGAGGGGGUGUUGCCACUCCAGCAGAUGCCCUCGACAUGCUUCAGUUCAAUGCGGAAGAGAUACGUGCGAUAACAACGACUGCUAGAUACUCCAAGACAUAUGUGACAGCUCAUGCAUACACUAUUGAUGCAAUCCGUCAUGCUGUCGAUAACGGGGUGAUGGGAAUUGAGCAUGGAAAUUUCAUCGACGAGGAGACCGCAGCUUACUGCACCAAAAAAGGAGUAGUUUUUACUCCGACACUCGUCACUUAUAAAAGCAUGAGUCGACCUCCAUUCGACAAUUUUCUCGACAAAUUUAGCCAGGAAAAAAAAUCGCCAGGUCUGCACUCUCUGCAAAAUGAGGAGUUUUCGAUUCGUUCUUCUGUUUUGAGUGCAAAAGAAAUUCUCCAGUCUGCCACAGUGAAUGCUGCCAAGCUUCUAGGAAUGGAGAAUCGACUAGGAUGCAUCAAGAAGGGGGGCAUUGCAGACAUUCUCAUUCUGAAAAGCAAUCCGCUAGAAGACAUUACGAUCUUAGAUCGGAUUGAUGAAAGCCUUGUGGCUAUUAUUAAGGAAGGUCGAGUUGUUUUCAAGCGAUCGAGUUGGUUGGCAGUAGACCCGAUGUACGACCCCUGCCGUGUUCAAGCCGAAUAA